UUUUCUUCAUUCGUAUCUAUGGAGGCUGUGAUAAGUGACAGUUGGAUGCUGGGGUCAUUUCUAUUGCACCACGCUCUUCUCCCCCAUCAGCACCUGCUAUUUCCAUGGCAACGCGGACACACAUACUCGCUGAGCCUAAACCCAACCAACUGCGAUACCCAGACCGGCGUUCGGUUUACUGGCUGGAUGAGCUACCAGCAGAAAAGACCGGCUCCACCACUAGAACUGAGUUAACCCCUCGCUGGUCAGAGCUAUGUAGAAGUAAAAAGCACUACACUCAGUUCACACGUUCUUCCAUAUGGGAGGUGAGUGAAUGGGCUCUCAGGGCCGUUGCAUCCGAGCGCCUGUGUAGUCUGGCUCAGCCUCGGAGUCCUGCAGUUGGCUGGCAGCCAGACCGCCUGCUGCUGGCCCCUUUGAAGAGAGCGACGCAGACGGCAGUCGCCACUUCACGGGUUUGCCAGCUUGCCCUUCCAAAGAGAAAGCAGGUUCUGGAGAGUUUCCACUACAGUUCUAACCCUGUACUCCUGACCCCCUUGCCCCGCAAAGCAUGGGCCCACGUAGAACUCCUUGCCACCCCUAAGCCUGUCCACCCCUUGUUCAAAGGUGAGCGCUCGGUGUGCUGGCCUGUCUCCAGGGCACUGAGAAACUAUGUAGCCAGCCAAAGACUUCUUGAGCUGUCCAGUCCUAAAGAGAGGAAAGCUCUGUUUGAAGGAUACGACCCAUACAUCGUUAGCCGUGCAGCCCGCUCUGCAAGCCCCUCGCCUCGGAUACAGCAACUCAGUCUGCCUCUGCCUCGCAAAUGUAGCUCAAAGUAUGACACCUAGGUCUGGUCUCCGGAGAAGUGUUGAUUGUUCUGUUUUUCCUCAUCCAAGAGUAUCACUGUGAUAAAGUAAUUCCCAUC